AUGUGGACGCGCACCUGGACCUGCUGUCACCGGCAUCCCAGACGGCCUGGAGAGGGCAGCCAUCGAAGCCUCUUGCAGCCGGCCUUCCCUGCCCCUGGCACCUUCAGGCUGUGGAACACCCGGCGGCGACAGACCAAAGGCCAAGGCUGCCCUGGUGGAGUUUGUGGAGGACAUCAACCCGCGCGCGUCCCCAGGGAGAUCCCGGGCACCGACGGCGUCCGGAGGGUUGUGUGUCAGGACCCGGCCGAGGACACAGGAGUCCUGAGGCAGAUGAGACGCCUCCUGCUGGAUGAGGAGCCCGGCAGGCCGCAGGGCCCGGGGGACCCCGGGGACAGUGUCCCGUCUGCAGCCUCGGCCUCCUCGGAGACCCGGGCCCAGGGCGCAGAGCCCGCCGCCAGGAAGGCUGGUCCCCUGCGAGGAGGGGCCGCCGGGGGCGCAGAAACAGAGGCAGAGGCAGCGGGGUCCCAGGGGGGCAGGCAGGCCGAGCGGGGAGGGCGGCCCACGGACGCCAGGCGGGAGUCGGACGCCUCGGACGCCUCCGCCCAGGGCAGCCUGGGGGUCGUGCUGCGGGGCCGGAGCAGGGCGACCCGAGAGCCCGCCGACGGCGACGCUGCGGACGGCCCGCCGCGGCCACACGGGGAGCCCGGCGACGAGGGGCUGGAGCACCCCGAGUUCGUGGCCAUCGUGGCCUCCACGGACCCGUCGGACCCAUCGGCCCGGGAGGAGCUGCAGAAGAUCGCGGCGGUGAUGGAGGUGGAGGACGCAGGCCGGGUGGACGCCGUGGCGCUGCGGGAGGCCACGCGCGACGGGAGCCUGCGGGAGUCCUCUGCUCCCUGGCCGCGCCCGGCCGCGCUCCGCUCCCGGGGCGAGAGGGCGCCGCGUGGCCUCCCGAGGGCUGGGCGGACGGCGAGGGGCACCUCCUGGAGCUCGUGGCCUGCUGGCCGCGCGGGAGGCCCGGGAAGGCGGCCGCCAAGGCGGGAGGGCGGCGGCGCCCGAGGCGGGCUGGGCGAGGUCCUGGCGCUGCUGGCUGCGGGGGGCCGUGCGGGCGGCGCAGCGCGGGGAGCCGGGGCGCGGGCCGCGGGCGUGCAGGGAGGUGGGCGAGGCGGGCGCCGGCCCCUUCCCGUGGGGCUCGGGCGGACGCGGAGCGGGAGGCGGGGGGAGGCCGCGGCGGAAGGGCCGUCACUCCGGACUCGCGCGCCCACGACCAGGCGGCCGCGCCCCGGCAAAAGAAGGGGCGCCGGCGGGCGCCGGGGCCCACGGCUCGGAGUCCGCCCGGGGCAGGAAGGCUGGCGCGGCGGGGGCAGCCCAGGUGCCGCUAGGGGAGCCCGGAGCCGCGCGGACGCACCGGGGCGCUGCCCCCCCUCCUGCGCCGGGGCGGCAAUCACCGCUCUAACCGCCGGCCCCCCCGCGCCUGUCAAGUCCCCGCAUCGCAGGUUGGCGGAGAUCGCCCGGGGGUAG